AAAUUGACCUUGAGAGGGAUAAUUACGUAUUUACCUGAAAUUUGUCGCAGACACACAAUGUUCCAUUUUAUUAGUUGAAAUUGUUGACUCACCAGGAGUCCCCGCAUUUAUUGGUUUUUCCUGGAGUUUCCCUCCAAAAAAAAAAUGCUGAACUACCCCCAUUCUUCGGGUUCAAAGCAAGAGGAUUUGAGUUAAUUUUUUUCCUUGAAUUUUCUCUUCACUUUGCGUGGUGGAAAUGUCGGAAAAUGUGAAAGUUAUUGUGCGCUGUCGUCCAGCAGGUGCCAGGGAGAAGAAUUCAAAGGUGAUUGUUCAACUGGAGGAGUGUACUGUGAACCUGGAACAUGGCACCGAUGCAGCAGCACCACAGAAGGUGUUUCGUUUUGAUGGAACAUACGGCCCUGAGGUGGGAACGGACAUUCUCUAUGGGGAUGUUUGCUUUGGCAUUGUUGAGGGAUGCCUUGAGGGCUUCAAUGGGACCAUUUUUGCAUACGGACAGACAGGAUGUGGGAAGAGUUUCACAAUGGGUGGGGGUGGAGCUUCCAGGGGUGUUAUAUCGCGUGCACUUGAGCAUAUUUUUGAAGCAACCGUCGCUGCGGAUUCAGACACAAAAUACCUCAUUCUCGUGAGCUAUUUGGAGAUCUACAAUGACACAAUACGAGAUCUCCUGGCACCUGGUGCAAGUAUGCCCCCUGGUGGGCUGCAGUUGCGUGAAACUCCGUCCGGAGAGGUGAAUGUGCUCUCCCUGACGCGCCAUCCAGUACGGAAUGUGGAGGAAUGCGAAGAGCUCCUUCGACGUGGUGCAGCAGCACGAAUUGUUGGGGCAACCCUCAUGAAUGCCAGCAGUAGUAGGAGCCACAGUGUCUUCACGGUGUGCCUUGAGAAGAUGUCAGGGCAGGCAAUAACGCGUGGGAAGCUGAAUCUCGUUGAUCUCGCGGGGAGUGAACGACAAACACGAACAGGUGCGACGGGAGAACGUCUCAAGGAGGCAACAAAAAUUAAUCUCAGCCUUGCAGCUCUUGGGAAUGUUAUUAGUGCCUUAGCCACAGAUGCCACGACCAAGCAUGUCCCGUACAGGGAUUCCAAACUCACGAGACUCCUGCAGGAUUCACUGGGUGGGAAUACGAGGACACUCAUGAUUGCAUGUGUUGCACCAUGUUGGGAGGAUUAUGAGGAAACUCUUUCAACCCUCAGGUAUGCCAGUAGAGCUAAGAAGAUCUCAAAUCGCCCAAAAGUCAACGAAGAUCCCAAGGAUACAAUGCUGAAGCAGUAUAGGCAGGAAAUUGAGAGUCUUCGUUCAAUGCUGCAGCAGGGUGAUCAGGGAGCAAGAUUGGCGGCUGUUGAGGCGGAAAGGGAUGCCCUGGCGCGAGAUAUUGAACUCCUUAAAUCUCAAACGCUCGAAAUUAAAUCCCAAACAGCUCGAGCACCAGCACAGGAACUUGUUCAGCGUAUUGCAGCCGUUGAGGAUGUCCUAGUGGGUGGUGAAGGGGAUGAGAAAGUCAGGGCGAAGAGAAAAGAACGUCAAAAUGCAGCACAGAAGAGACAAGCAGUCCUCGCGGAUGCCCUGGCGAAGAUUGAAGAAUGUGAAGCAAGGGAUUUAAUUCAAGGGCACUAUGAGGACAUCGAGCAGGAGCUGAAAGCAACAAAGGAUGCUCUGCGACAGCGAAAGAGUCGCAUAAAGAGCCUCCAGAGGGAGAUUAAUGACCUUCAGGCGGAAUUUCAGCUCGAUCGUGCAGAUUAUCUCGAAACAAUUCGUCGCCUGGAGCGGAGUAUUAAGCUGUAUGAGCAGCUUCUGGAUGAAGCCAGCCCAGCACUGAGGAAGGAUGGGAGGCAUUGGGAUGUGGAUGCAAUUCGUCGUGCUGCUGUGUGGAAUGAAGAUACAUCCAGAUGGCGCCUUCCGGAUGAACUAUUGGAUCGUUUGAAGCUCCCACCAGCUGAUGUGCCACGUUGCUCGUCAGCAGCAACCCUGGAGGCACCACCAUCCCCGGAAAGGGAUGUGCUGCGGAUAAAACUUCAACGUAGUGAGGGAGCAUCAAUUGCAGAUACAUACUUCCGGCCACGACGGGCAGCUGAACUUUUACGCCCGAAGGAGGCAUGGAAGGAACCCACGAAGCCCACAAUUCCCGCACACAGGUGGCCAUCGAAAGCAUCUCUGUGGACUCUUAAAAAUAUAUAAAAUCUUGUAUACCUCGAUUAUAUAUUUAUUCAUUUCUAUUUAUUGGACUGUUUGUACAGGGAAUGUCUUUAUUAAAGAAUAUAUAUUUAUCUUGUGGUUGA